AAACAAUUCCUUAUUUUGGAGUCACUCAUCCAUAGUUUCUCCCUCAUGGCGAAACAUCAUCCAGAUUUGAUUUUUUGCCGAAAACAACCUGGUGUUGCUAUUGGAAGACUUUGUGAAAAAUGUGAUGGUAAAUGUGUAAUAUGUGAUUCUUAUGUUCGACCAUGCACAUUGGUGCGUAUCUGUGAUGAAUGCAAUUAUGGUUCAUAUCAAGGACGUUGUGUCAUUUGUGGGGGACCAGGCGUAUCUGAUGCUUAUUACUGCAAAGAAUGUACCAUCAUGGAAAAAGAUAGGGAUGGCUGCCCUAAAAUUGUGAAUCUUGGAAGUGCAAAGACAGAUCUUUUCUAUGAAAGAAAAAAAUAUGGGUUUAAGAAAAGAUAGGACUUAUAUUUUUUUAUUUUAUCAUUAUUCAUAAUUAUUUUUUCUCAUUGUCAAUAAAAAUGAACAUUUUUUA